AUGCAUGCUGCCUGGGUGCGCUGGUGGUCUCGACACGAAAAGCGGGCUCUUAUCGUCUUCAGGAAUUUCGCCUGUGAGCGAGUCUUGAGAGAAGUGUGCCGUGUGCAAAAUGAUGCUGCUACUGCUGCUGCUGCGCCAGUUUGCUGGAUGGUUGCUGUACUGAUUGUUUUAUCAUGGAUCAGUGCGAGGAAGCGUUCAUCUGCGCCAUCUCGAAGCAGCCCUCGGCCAGGUGCGACGAGUUUUGUAUUGCGUUUUUCUCCUUCUGAAAAAGGCGUUUUUUGCAGGCAGGGGCAGAUUGCAACUUGCUGGUAUAUUCUGCUCUCAGGAUGUGUUUUUAUGGACAAGCAAAUCUACUUACCAUGUGGCUGUUUUGGCAAGCGCAAUGGAUUAGAUUAUCGGCGCAAGAAUGAUUGUGUUGUUUUGCAGCCCUCCGAAAUGAUCGUGAUCGACUACCCGGAUGUGAAGCAUAUAACGGUGAAUCAGGAGCACAUCUGCUCGUUGGCGAAUGCCGGCCGCCUGCGCAAUUCACUGUACGGUGCCGCAAAUCCGGCACCACCAGCUGCAGUAACUGUUUCGCUACGUCCGAAUGCCGCUUCGGCUGCAUCAACAUCCUCCGUUUUGCCACAGCGAUUCCACAGGACAGCGAAGCAGCAUCCCGCCUCGUCCGCCUGUGCCACUGAUUCACGAUGCGAGCGAAAGCACAGAUCGUUCUGUCGUGAAAGAAAUGACUUCCUUCCCAGCACUGCUGCAUUUAGUUGCCCAUCCACUUAUAAGAGCCAGGUGUAUCUGAAUGGGCUGAGUGCGGACGCUGAUGCCGCGUACGUGAAGGUGAAACAUCGGACGCGCAAGUCGAACUCGCUUUCUGGCACAAACGGUGCUGCUGAGAGGUACGCACGCCUCUCGAGCACCACAUCAUCCAGUACGAACGAAGAUGAUUUACGUGGUUCGUUUCCCUCUUUCUCUUUUGAGUGACC